AUGGAUUCUGACUCGGACUCGCCUUUUAACUACUCGUGGCCUUCCUUCCCCAAAAUGAAGAUUCGACGGAGGGCGUCCAAACAAGAUCAUUCCUUUGAUGCCCUCAAAAAAUCUAAGCACCCCCCAUUUCUUGCUGCUGGCCAGCUCUCUGACAUGCUGAAUGGUGGUGAUGAAAUCUACGCUAACUGCAUGGUGAUAGAUCAGGUUGGUGAUUUGGACAUUAACUAUAUUAACAUAGAGGGAAUCCCUGCGAAUACCUGUCUUGAAUCUAUGGAUUCUUCUCUGGGGCCGGAGAGCAGCAAAGCCAUCCUUCCUGCUGAAGCCAGUGCCGGUACACACCCACCAAGUAAGGACACAGAAGUGAUGUCACACACUGAAGCCAGUGCUGGCACACACCCACCAAGUAAGAGCACAGAAGUGACGUCACACACGGAAGCCCAAGCGCCUUUCGUAUCAUCUAGUUCAUAUGCUUCCAAUUUGAAUCUUUCUUUUGGUCUUCAAGGAUUUGAAAAGGAGCAAAGUCGUCUAAAGAAAAGAAGUUCCAGCCUUGAUGCCCUGGAUGCUGACAGUGAAGGAGAGGGCCAUUCGGAGCAGCUGCACAAUUGCUACACUCCAGUGUGUCAGAGUUCCUCGAGAACUGGCAUUACUAGCGGGGAUGAAUCGGACUCUUUUGAGACCAACACUGAAUCAGAUUUUAAUAUCUCCAGGACGGAAUCAUUUUCUUUAUCAAGUAGUCUGCAGCUGAAGGAAUCAUUGUUUUCUGGAAUCCGUUCACGUUCGUAUUCCUGCUCAUCACCCAAAAUUUCUUUAGGAAAAACUCGACUGAUCCGUGAUUUUACAGUGUGUAAUUCAGUUGAAGAGCAAAGAGCUUACAGCUUGCCGGAGCCACCAAGAGAAAACAGAAUUCAGGAAGAAGAAUGGGAUAAAUACAUCAUACCUGCCAAAUCAGAAUCUGAAAAAUACAAAGUGAGCCGAACUUUUAGUUUCCUCAUGAAUAGGAUGACCAGCCCUCGGAAUAAAUCGAAGACAAAAGGCAAAGAUGCCAAAGACAAAGAGAAACUGACCCGACAUCAGUUUGUCCCUGGAACUUUCUCUGGGGUUCUGCAGUGCUUGGUUUGCGAUAAAACGCUCCUGGGGAAAGAGUCAUUCCAGUGCUCCAACUGUAAUGGAAAUGUACAUAAAGUCUGUAAAGAUGCUGCCCCUCUGUGUACCAAGAAAUUCCAAGAGAAAUAUAAUAAGAACAAACCACAGACCAUCCUUGGAAGUUCUUCGUUUCGAGACGUCCCACCACCUGGGCUCUCCUUGCACCCUUCCUCCUCCAUGCCCAUCGGGCUGCCCACCGGGAGGAAGGAGAUGGCAGGGCAAGUGCAUCCCUUGUCCAGAAGCGUCCCAGGCACCACCGUGGAAAGCUCCAGGCGGCCGGGGGCAUCCUUGGAGUCCGAGAAUGACGGCAGCACCUGGAGAAGCAGGUCUCACUCUGACGAGAUGUUGCAGCCCGUGGGCUCGUCCCCCUCCACGGACUCCUUCUUAACGGAAGACGUCGUGGAUUCAUCUCUGUGGAGUGACCUCAGCGGUGAUGCCCAGGAGUUGGAAGCGGAAUCUUGGAGUCUGGUGGUGGACCCUUCAUUUUGUAGUCAGCAGGAGAAGGAUGUCAUCCAAAGACAGGAUGUCAUUUUUGAGCUAAUGCAGACAGAAAUGCAUCACAUCCAGACCCUGUUCAUCAUGUCUGAGAUCUUCAGGAAAGGGAUGAAAGAGGAGCUGCAGCUGGACCACAGCACUGUGGACAAAAUCUUCCCCUGUUUAGACGAGUUACUUGAAAUCCACAAGCAUUUCUUCUAUAGUAUGAAGGAGCGAAGGCAGGAAUCCUGUGUGGGCAAUGACAGGAAUUUCAUCAUCAACCGAAUUGGAGAUAUUCUAGUACAACAGUUUUCAGAAGAAAAUGCAAAUAAAAUGAAGAAAAUAUAUGGGGAAUUCUGUAGCCAUCACAAAGAGGCUGUUAGCCUCUUUAAAGAACUCCAGCAGAAUAAAAAGUUUCAGAAUUUUAUUAAGCUCCGAAAUAGUAAUCUUCUGGCUCGACGCCGAGGAAUUCCAGAAUGCAUUCUGCUGGUCACUCAGCGCAUCACAAAGUACCCCGUCUUGGUGGAAAGGAUAUUGCAGUACACAAAGGAGAGCACUGAAGAACAGAGAGACUUAUGCAAAGCACUUUGCUUAAUUAAAGACAUGAUUGCAGCUGUGGAUUUAAAAGUCAGCGAAUACGAGAAAAAACAAAAAUGGCUUGAGAUCCUAAAUAAGAUCGAAAACAAAACAUACACCAAGCUCAAAAAUGGCCAUGUGUUUAGGAAACAGGCACUGAUGAGUAAAGAGAGGACCCUGUUAUACGAUGGCCUGGUCUAUUGGAAAACUGCUACAGGUCGUUUCAAAGAUAUCCUAGCUCUACUUCUGACUGAUGUGCUGCUCUUUUUACAAGAAAAAGACCAGAAAUACAUCUUCGCAGCUGUUGAUCAGAAGCCCUCAGUUAUUUCCCUUCAGAAGCUCAUUGCUAGGGAAGUUGCAAAUGAGGAGAGAGGAAUGUUUUUGAUCAGCGCUUCAUCUGCUGGUCCCGAGAUGUAUGAAAUCCAUACCAACUCCAAGGAGGAAAGAAAUACCUGGAUGAGACGGAUCCAACAGGCAGUAGAAAGUUGCCCAGAAGAAGAAGGGGGAAGGACAAGUGAGUCAGAUGAAGAGAGGAGGAAAGCUGAAGCCAGAGUGGCGAAGAUUCAGCAAUGUCAAGAAAUACUCAGUAUCCAAGAUCAACAAAUUUGCACAUAUUUGGAAGAGAAGCUGCAUAUCUACGCGAAACUUGGAGAACUGAGUGGAUAUCAGGAUGUCCAUUUAGAGCCCCACCUCCUCAUUCAAACAGACCCCGGAGAGCCUCCCCAGGCAGCCUCAUUACUGGCUGCAGCACUGAAAGAGGCUGAGAGUCUGCAUGUGGCAGUGAAGGCUUCCCAAAUGAGCGAUGCAUGCCAAUCCCCUGAGGAAGGUUGUGGAGAACCUGCUUUGCCGGACGUGCUGAAUUCUCAGGACGCACCAGGAUCAUCUACUGCUUCACUAGUCACAGAAGGGACAGGAGGAAGAGGCUGUUGGGAUGUGGAUGCCGGGACCCAGGGUGUGGGAACCGACCUGGCGGUUUCUGAUGCGGGGGAGAAGGUGGAAUAUAGAAGUUUCCCAGGUUCUUUGCAGUCAGAGAUUAUACAAGCGAUACAGAAUUUAACUCGUCUCUUAUAUAGCCUUCAGGCCGCCUUGACCAUUCAGGAUAGCCACAUUGAGAUCCACAGGCUGGUUCUCCAACAGCGGGAGAGCCUGGCCCCGGGCCCCGCAUUCCGAGGCAGCCCCUUUCAGGACCAGAAGUCCCGCAGCCUGGAGAAGCAGCAGGAGGAGCUGGCCGACACCCACAAGCUGCAGCUCCAGUUCCAGCAAGACCAGCACCGCUGGCUCCGUAGGUGUGACCAGCAGCAGCGCGAGCAGGAGGCCCGGGCCAGCCGGCUGCAGGAGCGCGAGAGGGAGUGCCGGGCGCAGGAGGAGCUGCUGCUCAGGAGCUGGGGCGAGCUGGACCAGCAGCUCCAGGACUACCAGCAGAGCCUGGAGCGGCUGCGCGAGGGCCAGCGCCUGGUGGAGAGGGAGCGGGAGAGGAUGCGGGCCCAGCAGAGCCUGCUGCACCACUGGAAGCACGGGCGGCAGAGCAGCCUUCCCGCCGCGUUUUCUCCAGGAACCCUGGAGGUAAUGGAACUUAAUCAAUCUGAGACUUUAUGUCAUGAAAAUUCAUUCUUCUUCAAUGAAGCUUUAGUGCAAAUGUCACUUAACCCUUUGAACAAACCGACGCCACCAGAUAUCGAUCAGGAUGCCGCUUACCCCCCAGGCGUAUCUCAUUCUGAUUUGGUAAGGACUAGUGAAAAUCAAGUAGACCUCAAGACGGACGUUUCUCAACCCUCAGAUAUCAACCAUGAACUGUGGAUAGCGGCUGGGGCCUGUCAUCAGAUACCCCCUCUCCACCAAAGCAGCAAGGAUUCUUGUAAAAAUGAUUUGAACAUCUCUCAGACUGCAUACCCACUCCUCCAUGACUCAAAUCCACGUGGCCCUCAGCUGCAGACAUUUAUAGCAGAAGAAAAGCUAAAUCUACAGAGAGUGACCAGACAAGACGGAGAAACUGGAAAUGGAGAAGAAGAAAAUAUUGUUUACCUCUAA